AUGUCGCCAGAGAACCGACCUCGCCUUGCGUCCCCCUCCGGAUUGGAGUCGGAUCUGAUUGCCAUAUCGCCCGAUCACACCCUGGAUGGUAAUACCGUUGCCGAUACCGACGUUAAACACAUGCGCGAAAUCCAGAAGCUCGUGAUCAAGAAACAGCGCAGCAUGAUCAAAGAUAUUCAAACCCUCGACAGACACAUCCGUAACGUCGACCACGCCCAAGAUCUUGCGAACCAACGUGCAAUGGAGGCGUUGAUUCUCGCCCGUCGCUAUGGAGAUGUUUGCCAAGGUCAAUCUAAGCUGGAGGGAAGCGUCGCAACUCAGCUUGAGGUGAUCAAGGCCCUCGAUAGUCGCUUCCAGAAGGAGUUGUCUCUCGCCAGCACCGUGAAUGAGGCCCGGAUGGAUCUGUUCAACGAUCGCCUGGACAAGCAGUUCCAUGGACUGACCGGUCUCUUGCGCACCCAUGUCGAGACAGUUUACGACGGCAUGGGCAAACUGGAAACCCAAAUGACGAUGCGGGAAAAGGCGGCUUUCACAAGGGUCUACAAGUUCGGCGCAUUGAUCUUGGCUUUGCUUGUCGUUGUUGCUGCUAUUCAGGUCAAGCUCUUUUGGUUUUGA